AUGGCUAUCGGUGCGCGACGAAAAAAGACCCUAAGAGAGCUGUUCCGAAAGGAGACGAAAGGGGGUGCCUCCGUGGAGAUGCUUACGCAUUUGACCGCAGAGGAGUCGGAGUUCGUCGAUCAACUCAGAGCGGAUCGACUAUUGGAAGAGGCAGACAGGAUGGGCGAGAGCAGCGGCAACGUAUUCGUCGUGAAGGAUAGGACACUGGAGAGAGAGGUGGUCCAGCUGCAAGCCAAGGUCGAACAUCUCGAGAGCGGUACCGAAGUGAGGAGGUUGAGAGAGGCUCUCGAUGCGUCCGAAAGAGAGAAGAGAGACCUCCUGCGACGGGCCGACCCUGACCUGAAGGAGAGACUCGUGCAGAGCUUAGCCAGGAGGCACGGGGGCGAGUCGGAGGGACUGAAACGCUCUCACGAGAAGAGAUUGCGAGCGGACCUGAACGCCAUAAGGUCAGAAUACAGCAGGCUAGAAAGGGAAUCCGCCGACCAGAGAGCGGUGCUCGAAAGGACGAUAGGGGAGAAGGAAAGGAUCGAGCGAGAACUCGAGAAUGGAGAGCGAGAACGUACGCUGGGGGAGACCGAGAGAGACGUACUCCGCGAGCAGCUGAGGGCGAAAUCGGCGGAGGUGGAUGAGAAGAAGGCGCAGUACGAAAAGACUCACGCUUUGCUCGAGGAAGCAUUGGACGCCGGACGCGAGAAGGAGGACGAGUUGGCACGACUGCGAACGGACUUGAGGGCGGCCCUCGAUAGGAAUACCGAACGGCAGCAGGAAUUACGAGAUGUCCGGGAUGAAUGGGACCUUUCAAAGACGAGAGUGGAGGAACUCGAGAGGCUCUUGACCGAAACCAAGGACGCAGCUGCCAAGCGAGAAGAAGAUAGGCUCCAGUUGGAGGCCGUCCUGGAAGGUUUAAAGAGAGAACUCGAAGUCGCGAGAGGAAGGGGUGAGAGUGCGGAGGGCCUCGAACGCGAGGUGGCCCGGUUGCAGCAGGAGUUGCAUGAAUUACAGAAUGCUCAGGAGGAAGCACGGAGGACCGAAGAACGGCUUAGGUCGAUUAUUUCCACACAUGUCGAACGCAGGCACGAAAUGGAGGAAGAACUGCAGAGGUCGCGGGACGCGGUGGCCUCCGCGCGGAAGCGACGUCAGCGGUUGAGAGAUGAAUUGGACAGGACGCAGGCACGAGUAGAAGAACUCGAAACGCUCGCGGACGAGAGCAGAGCGACAGUAAGUCGGCACGAAGAAGAACAGCUAGAUCUGGAGGACCGUCUAGAGGAAACGGAAAGAGAAUUAGAGGCCGCGAGGAGGGAAGGGCCUGUCGAAGGAGCGGAAACGGAAAGACUCGAACGAGAAGUGGACCAGUUGCAGCAGGAGUUGCAAUCCAUCCAGGAUGCUCUGCGCGUAGCAGAGAUGAAAGAAACAAAACUCGCCUCGACGAUCCUCGAAUACAGCAGACACAAGAAAAAACUCGAGGGAGAGUUCGAGAGGUUGCAGACCGAGUUGACCUCCGCGCAGAUCAGGGAGUCCGAACUAGGAUCGGCCGUGGCAGCCCGGAAUAGCACCAUCGGAGAGCUAGGACAAGAGAGGAACGAUCUGGAUCGUCGUCUCAGAGAGAAGGAAGCCGACCUGACCGCCGCACGGGCCAGGGAGAACGAGGCCCGGAGAAACUUGGGCAAUCGUGACAAUAAUCUCGCCAACAUGCCGGGGCUCACUAGCGAAAGAUCUGCACUGGCGGGCCGGUUGAGGGCGAAGGAAGAAGAGCUGGCGAACGCUGCGAGGGUGGGAGCGAAUCUGGAACCUCUCAGGCAGGAGAAGGAGGAGCUCCAGCGGCAGUUGGCGGUCGUGCACGUCGGGCUUCUGGCCGCGCAGAGCAGGGGAGUCGAACUGCAGUCGCGAGUGGCGGCUCAGGAACGUACCAUAGCAUCUCAUAGCUCGCGCGUAUCUCAACUGGAAGCGGCAGAGAGACGGUCGAUGGAAGAGAUGUUAGCAAAGGAGAAAAACUUGACGACCGCGAGGUCGAACAGAGCUAGGUUGGAAGGAGAACUGGGGAUGGCUAGAUCCUCGAGCGGGAAGUACCAAGAAGAGUUGCAGAGCGCGCAGACGGAGCUGGCGGAGCGAGUCAAGCGGGUGGAGGACUUGGCCGCGAUCGAAGAACGUUUGAGGCGUAACCUCGAGCAGAAGGGCGUGGAAUUAUCGACGAGGGGCUCCGAUGCGGAUCGACUCACGAGCGAGAAAGCGGAACUCGAGCGUCAGGUCCUGAAUAUACAGGGGGCGUUGAGGUCAGCAAAGGAGGCAGAGGAUGGCCUACGAAAGCAACUGAACGAACGGAAUGCUACCAUGAAAUCGCUGGGAGAGACGGCGGCGAGACAGAGAACCGAGUAUGAGGCUCGAUUGGCGUCGACUCAGAACGCGUUGAACACCGUGACCAGAGCGGUGCACGACCUGUGGAAGAACGGUACGAGACCUGAGGUAGAGUAUCAGGGUAGGGGUGCAAACGUGACGGCACGGGAGUUGGCCGACCUCUCCAGGUCGGUCAGAGACUUUUCGAUGGAAUUCAGGGCGUUGCAUACCCGCGAUGCACAUACAUAUUGGAUGCGCUUGGAAGCGUUUCGCAAGCUGUUGGGUUUCGAAGACGUACGAGCUGGCAUAGAGGUCUGCUCAGGGGACGAACUGCGAUUGCGCGUAUCCAGUCUCCUUUCGAGGAUAGGUGCUCUUCAAGCCAAAUGCGACGCAGUCAUGCACGGAUUGAAGAACGAUGAUCAUACCGUGGGAACAUGGCAGCAGCUGCAGGAUGUAGCAUCUCAGCUCGACGCCGAAGAGAUCAAUGAACUGGAAGAGGAGGCCUCCGACGCGGUCCGUGGUGUCAUGCGCUGCAGGAGCGAAUACGAAAGGAAGCUCGCAGAGAACGUCGGCAGGGAAGCUGCUUUCCUCAGGGAAUUCAAAGAUAGAACUCAACCCGUGAUCGACGACCUUCGCAAGAGGCUCGAAGAGGCAUUGCAACGACGGCAACUGAACGGUGAUAGGCAGCCAGAAGCGCCCGAGCCUGAGUUCCCGAGGCUCAAGCUCCAGAGCGCGCUCGCGUCCAUGAAUGCACUCCUCAACUUACUGGCCAUGCCCAACGCGCGAAACAAGCGGCUGUUGCGGUUGGGUAGACUGCUGGGGAAGACGGAUUCUACGGCUCAGGAUUACGCCGAGGCUUGGAUCCGAGAAACUCUCGAGAGGAACAAGAGGGAGAUAGAGAACAUCUUGUCAGAAGGGAGUUCCGUAGGUAUCUUAGCUCUGAACCUCUACGAAGACCUGGGCCGUUCGUGCCUGAAAUUCCGUGUGGAGUUGCAAGGAGCGGUGUUCGUGUAUGCCGUCGUCAACCGCUUGUCCGUCCCUCCGACGAGAUUUGCCGAUCUGAAGGAGUGUCAGUGGUGGAUACGUCCGGGUGAGGUCAGAGAGUCGGGCUCGACGAAGCCGGGGGAAAUUAGGAGCGACGAGAGGCACAUCACUUUGGGAGGGUACAAAAGAUUGAACACAAAAGUGGGGGAGCAGACUUUCGGAGAGUUUUUCUCGGUCGUCGAUUCGCAGCUGACCAAUCCGAGGAGGUCUCUGCCCGGAGAUGCAGGGAUCUCGACCCAGGACGUCUUUGAAGGAGGCGCUGGAGAGACUUUCGAGAGCAUGGCCCUCUCGACGCUCGAGGGCAGAUCGGUGAUUGCGUUCGCUUACGGCUAUUCCGGCUCAGGGAAGACCACCUGUAUAUUCGGGCGGCCCGGAGACGAGGGCCUCUUGAAGAGGUGCAUGAGUAGCAUAAAAGCGAAGGAUCCGAACAACGCAGUACAUCUGGAGCUGGCCUUUGAAUUGUAUGGCAAGAUCGAUCUCACGCAAUUCUACGAUCGAGACAAGACCCCGAACCCCCAGCAAGCGAGGUCGAAGAUCCUCUCGAGACCUUGCACGGAAUCCUCGGUGUUGACGCAUUCUGUACCGCCUGGUGAGUUCGCCGUGGACAGGUUGGAUGGAUUCGUGGAGACUAUCACAAAGGAUAGACUCGCGAGGGGGCGAAUCAAAUGCACCCCGAAUAACCCGCAGUCCUCGCGCAGUCAUCUCUUCCUCGUAUUCAGGGUCCGGAACGGGUCCACGGGUAGAAACGGAUACUUGACGUUCUGCGACAUGGCCGGCAUAGAGAACCCGAUGGAGAUCGCGGAGACCGUCCUCGUGAGACCGGACACUUCGGAACAAUACAGGAAGGAUAAGAUCUUCUCAUAUCUCCGCGGUACUCCCAAACAACAGCCUCUGGACGAUCUACGAAACGAGGGCUUCUUCAUCAACGAGACGCUGAAUCACUUGAAAUAUUUCUUCAGGAGCAAAAAAGCGGAAGAGUCUGGGGGAAAGUACGUACACGAUCGCAGUAACGUGUAUCCGAUGAGUUGCAGCAGUCUGCGUGAGAGCAGUAGAGCCUAUCUGUAUGACCCGAACUGGACCAUCCUGACCGGCGAUAUGCUCGAAGAAACCAUGGUAACUACGGCCGUGGCGCGGACUAAUCAGACGGAGAAGGUGGCAGCUCUGCGCGCGUUGGGUUCAGAAACUCGCUUCGGCAGAGAUACGAUCGGGAUGCUCUCCAUACUGAACGCUCUGAAUGGCUUAGAUGGGAGCGAACAACCAAAAUCUCGCUUCGUGAUGCUCGCUCUGAUGAACCCUCUCUCGAAGAACGGCGCGAACAGGACAUUCACGGGCCGCAUGCCUGGCGCUACGACCAGCUACUUCAGCGUGGAUGCCAGUGGAACUGGCAUAGGACUCGGAGCGGAUACCGGCAUAGGCAACGAUGGGCUCAACAACUUGUAUGCGGGAUAUAGAGCGGGACAGAAGACCUUUGGGAGCGGGAAUACCGUGCUCGGCAGUACUGCCAACGCUAACGCGAGCGGGCCCGUCAAUAACUCCGUCGUGAUCGGACUCGGGGCCGCCGACACGCUCUCUGGAGAAGAAGACGUGUAUAUAGGACUGUUUGCGGGGCAGCAUGCCACCGGAGUCAGUAAGUCCGUGGGCAUAGGUGCUCGGUCUCUGCAGUUCAACUCAACGGGAUGGUACAAUAGCGUGUUGGGAACGGACGCUUUUGCUAAUACGGGAAACAGUUCGAAGUCGGUGGCGCUAGGUGCUUUCGCUGGGACGAACCUGAAAGGGACGAAGCAAUCCAUCCUCAUAGGGUAUCAGUCGGCCUACGGCAGAACUAGCGCAUCGGUAGCCGGAGACGGUAUCAUAGCCAUCGGCGCGCAGAGUCUCUUCAACGUCUCGAACAUUCAGUCCGGCAUCGCUAUCGGCAGUUUCUCUGCAUACAACGUCUCUACAUCCUCUAAUCUACUGGCCAUCGGAGCACAGUCCGCGUACCCGGUCACCACUCAGAACGACAUACUCUCCAUCGGUCACUUGAGCGGGACCAAGUCCACUCUGGGGAACGACGUGACGCUCUUGGGACACGGUUCCGGCAGGGGUCUGAUCGGAGCUUCGUGCACGGCGCUCGGCAACAGGUCGCUCGCUAAUGCCUCGGGCUCGAACGUAGUUGGCGUCGGCUUGGACGCUCUCGGGAGUCUAGAUACUUAUGCCACCGCGCGCGUCAACGACGGCUGUACGGCCGUGGGUCACGCUGCGGGAUUCGAGGCCUCCGGCAGCAACUGCACGUACCUCGGAAAGGCUUGCGGGACCGGCUCGACGGGAGACUGCAGCAUAUACAUCGGUGCGGGCGUCGGACAGCAGAAGACUCUGGCCUACGACUUUGCGCUGGGUGCCAGCUCCGACUUGCCGCCACUCAUGACCGGGAACCUAAACACCUCAAACUUCCCUUUCGUGUCCGUUCGCGGGGCCAUGCAGAUCGGCCAGGGGGCCGUAGCGGGCAGCGACGCGCAGCAAGACGGUCUCGUGAUCAACAGAGGGCUCACGAGCUGGCAGGUCUACGUCGAUGACGAGAGUGGGCUGUGCGUGCGGAAGGACGGGUCUCCCAUAGCGUACUUCGACACGACCCAAGACCUCGCCCCCGGCAUGGAUUUCACGGCCACGCAUAGGACUGCUAUAUCUGGGGACUUGUCGAGACUGAUCCACGAGAACGGCAUGCAUACGCCUCAAGGCAUACCGUUGAUAGGUUGCGUGGUAGUGUCGACGGGGGCGAUUAGUUCCGUCCCCAGGCGGGACGGUAAGGUGUUGCGAGGCAGCGGAGGCAUUGGCGUUUCAUGUGCGCUUCCGAUCGUGACGUUGAGCGAGAGGGCGUGCGACAAGACCGUCUUCGGAGUAUUCGCAUCAUUGGAGGAUGAUCAUGAGACGCAUAGACUUUACCGCACGGGUGCCCUAGAUGUGAGAGUGCCGAAAGAAGAUGGAGACGAGAGGAUAGUCGUCAAUUCGGGGGGCGAGGGUGCCAUAUGGGUCACCGACGUCGGUGGUCCGAUUACCAACGGCGAUCUACUAUGUACGAGUCCUAUACCGGGGCUGGCUAUGUUACAAGCUGACGACAUUAAGCGGAGCUACACCGUCGCAAAAGCUACCAUGGACGCUACGGAAGGGCAGAGGAGGAUCACGUUCGAGGGACGUGAAUUCACUGCGUCUCUGAUUGCAUGCGUCUAUUCCUGUUGA